GGUUGUUUGUAUCUUUUCUCUUUUGCUAGUCUCUUAUCACUGGUAGAAAGGUUUUCUGAUGGGAGAGAGAGAGAGAGAGAGAGAUAGAGAGUGUGUGUGUGUAGUAGGCAGUCAGGAAUGGAGUAAAUUUUGGGCGAUUCACCUAGUUACGCAAUAUGAAAAAGGUGGGUGGGUAAGCGUGCCAACAGGAAUUUUGACUGAAUAUGUCCCAUUUCCCAUUUCGUUGUUUGAUAACUUCUGGAGCACAGGAAAAACCUGGGAGAGAGGAGCAAAAGAGAGUGUGUUUCCAUGUACACACACUCACACUCACACACACACAUUAGAGCACGCAUUGCUUCCCCCACUCCCCAUCCUAUGAGAAAGCAUGACGGGCGGGAUGGCACACACAGGCAGGGGACAUGUGGAGCUUGUCUGUCAGGUCUGGAACGGAAAAGCAGUAGCUGUUUGUUCUCGAUCCUGGGCCGGCUCUCCGGCGAAGCAAGCGAGGGAGCAGAAAGCUAACCCGACCAGGUUCCCCACCCAGGACUAGACUGAGUGCUCUUCCGUGACUACUACUUUAUUAGUCUUUAUUGUCUUAAGGCAGCAGUCUGUUGAACAAGCCCUCCCCAGCAAGGAAGGAGCAGAGAAUUAUGUAAUUCAUUUAGAUAAGCUAGCAGUAACUUUGGGAGGCUGUAUGUAACAAGGCUGACAUUUCUUUUCCAACACAAGUGAGGUGAACAGCCAAUCCUGAGUAUUUGAAAAAAUUUAUCUGCAGCAGGUUAUGAUCAGGGAGCUAUAUUUUCAAGUAGUAACAGCACUGCGAAGAGCAAGCAAUGAAAGGCCAGCAUUCUAACUGGGAAGAAAGAAGAGGAAAUUUCCCUCUGCAAGGGGGCUAAUUUGCCAACUGGUGAUAUUGUUCAGUUCAAGGGAAUGAAGAAUUCAGAAUAAUUUUGGUAAAUGGAUUCCAAUAUGGCGAAUAAGAAUAAGCUGAACAGUUGACCUGCUUUGAAGAAACAUACUGUCCAUUUGUCUAAAAUAAUCUAUAACAACCAAACCAAUCAAAAUGAAUUCAACAUUAUUUUCCCAGGUUGAAAAUCAUUCAGUCCACUCUAACUUCUCAGAGAAGAAUGCCCAGCUUUUGGCUUUUGAAAAUGAUGAUUGUCAUCUGCCCUUGGCCAUGAUAUUUACCUUAGCUCUUGCUUAUGGAGCUGUGAUCAUUCUUGGUGUCUCUGGAAACCUGGCCUUGAUCAUAAUCAUCUUGAAACAAAAGGAGAUGAGAAAUGUUACCAACAUCCUGAUUGUGAACCUUUCCUUCUCAGACUUGCUUGUUGCCAUCAUGUGUCUCCCCUUUACAUUUGUCUACACCUUAAUGGACCACUGGGUCUUUGGUGAGGCGAUGUGUAAGUUGAAUCCUUUUGUGCAAUGUGUUUCAAUCACUGUGUCCAUUUUCUCUCUGGUUCUCAUUGCUGUGGAACGACAUCAGCUGAUAAUCAACCCUCGAGGGUGGAGACCAAAUAAUAGACAUGCUUAUGUAGGUAUUGCUGUGAUUUGGGUCCUUGCUGUGGCUUCUUCUUUGCCUUUCCUGAUCUACCAAGUAAUGACUGAUGAGCCGUUCCAAAAUGUAACACUUGAUGCGUACAAAGACAAAUACGUGUGCUUUGAUCAAUUUCCAUCGGACUCUCAUAGGUUGUCUUAUACCACUCUCCUCUUGGUGCUGCAGUAUUUUGGUCCACUUUGUUUUAUAUUUAUUUGCUACUUCAAGAUAUAUAUACGCCUAAAAAGGAGAAACAACAUGAUGGACAAGAUGAGAGACAAUAAGUACAGGUCCAGUGAAACCAAAAGAAUCAAUAUCAUGCUGCUCUCCAUUGUGGUAGCGUUUGCAGUCUGCUGGCUACCUCUUACCAUCUUUAACACUGUGUUUGAUUGGAAUCAUCAGAUCAUUGCUACCUGCAACCACAAUCUGUUAUUCCUGCUCUGCCACCUCACAGCAAUGAUAUCCACUUGUGUCAACCCCAUAUUUUAUGGGUUCCUGAACAAAAACUUCCAGAGAGACUUGCAGUUCUUCUUCAACUUUUGUGAUUUCCGGUCUCGGGAUGAUGAUUAUGAAACAAUAGCCAUGUCCACCAUGCACACAGAUGUUUCCAAGACUUCUUUGAAGCAAGCAAGCCCAGUCGCAUUUAAAAAAAUCAACAAUGAUGAUAAUGAGAAAAUCUGAAACUACUUAUAGCCUAUGGUCCUGGAUGACAUCUGUUUAAAAACAAGCACAACCUGCAACAUACUUUGAUUACCUGUUCUCCCAAGGAAUGGGGUUGAAAUCAUUUGAAAAUGACUAAGAUUUUCUUGUCUUGCUUUUUACUACUUUUGUUGUAGUUGUCAUAAUUACAUUUGGAACAAAAGGUGUGGGCUUUGGGGUCUUCUGGAAAUAGUUUUGACCAGACAUCUUUGAAGUGCUUUUUGUGAAUUUAUGCAUAUAAUAUAAAGACUUUUAUACUAUACUUAUUGGAAUGAAAUUUCUUUAAAGUGUUACUAUUAACUGACUUCAGAAGUACUUGCCAUCCAAUACUGUCAUUAGAUUGGGUCAUCUUGAUUAGAUUAGAUUAGAUUAGAUUAGAUUAGAUUGUCAACAGAUUGGGCCAUCCUUAUUUUAUGAUAGGCAUCAUUUUAGUGUGUUACAAUAGUAACAGUAUGCAAAGCAGCAUUCAGGAACUGAAAGAUAGUCUGAAGUCAUUCAGAAGUGGUUUGAGGUUUCUGUUUUUUGGUGGUUUUUUUUUUUUACCUUAAGGGAGGAUUUAAUUUGCUCCCAAUUGAUUGUCACUUAAAUGAAAAUUUAAAAAUGAAUAAAAAGACAUACUUCUCAGCUGCAAAUAUUACAGAGAAUUGGGGCACCCACAGGAAUGAAGAGAGAAAGCAGCUCCCUAACUUCAAAACUAUUUUGGUACCUGACAACAAGAGCAUUUCAGAGUAAUUAAUUUAAUAAAGUAAAUUAGUAUUCCUGCAAAUAGUUAAAUUAUAUUUAUUUGAAUUGAUGGUCAAGAGAUUUUCCAUUUUUUUUUUACAGACUGUUCAGUGUUUGUCAAGCUUUCUGGCAUAAAUAUGUACUCAAAAGGCAUUUCCGCUUACAAUAUAUAGAAACACAAAAUGUGUUUUCCAUACAGCAGUGCCUAUAUAGUGACUGAUUUUUAACUUUCAAUGUCCAUCUUUCAAAGGAGGUAACACCAAGGUACAAUGUUAAAAGAAUAUUCACUUCACCUAGCAGGGAAAAAUACACAAAAACUGCAAAUACUUCAUAUAGCACAUUUUAACUUGUAUAAACUGUGACUUGUGGCGUCUUAUAAAUAAUGCACUGUAAAGAUUACUGAAUAGUUGUGUCAUGUUAAUGUGCCUAAUUUCAUGUAUCUUGUAAUCAUGAUUGAGCCUCAGAAUCAUUUGGAGAAACUAUAUUUUAAAGAACAAGACAUACUUCAAUGUAUUAUACAGAUAAAGUAUUAAAUGUGUUUGAUUUUAAAAG